CGGAAAUACCCCAAUCAAAAUGGCGACUCUCUGGUGCAGCAUCCUACUCCGUUCGUAAAUGUGAGGUUUUCCCAAACCCAACAUGCUCGGCUUGACCUUAAAGGAGGUGUCCUUGGCAUUCAGGGAGGGAAGAAUAUCUCCAACUGAGCUUUGCAGGAAGUGUCUAAACCGCAUCAAGAAAACUCAACACCUGAACGCGUACAUCACUGUGACGGACGAGCUGUCGCUGACGCAGGCCCAGGAGUCUGAAAGGCGGCUGCAGCGAGGUGUCCCUAAAGGUCCGCUUGAUGGGGUCCCCUUUGCAGUCAAGGACAACUUUUGCACUAAGAAUGUCAGGACCACAUGUGCCUCCAGGAUGCUGAAAGACUAUGUUCCACCAUUCAACGCUACUGUCGUGCAGAAACUUCUGGACCAAGGGGCCGUUCUGAUGGGGAAGACCAACAUGGAUGAGUUUGCAAUGGGGGCGGGCAGUACUGACGGGGCGUUUGGACCUGUGAAGAACCCGUGGAGCUACACGGAGCCCUACAGAACGCUGGCAGGCCCAGAGGCCGACUGGGUCAUCGCUGGAGGAAGUUCAGGUGGAAGCGCUGCAGCUGUGGCCUCGCUCACCAGCUACCUAGCUUUAGGAUCAGACACGGGUGGCUCCACCCGUAAUCCUGGCGCGCUGUGUGGCGUUGUGGCCUUCAAGCCCACUUACGGUCUGCUUUCACGACACGGUCUCAUCCCUCUGGUCAACUCCAUGGAUGUCCCUGGCAUUCUGACGCGAAGCGCCGGAGACGCAUCCGUGGUUCUAAGUGUCCUCCAAGGUGUGGACGUCAGAGACUCCACCACAGUUCCUGCUCCUUCGUCUCAUGCAGAGCUGCCUGAAGAGUUUGAUGUCAGGAACCUCUGUGUUGGCAUCCCUAAGGAGUACCACGCUCUGGGCCUGUCUCCGGACACUCGGGCUCAGUGGAGCCGUGUUGCAGACCUGUUUGAGGCGGCUGGCGCUCGCGUGGAGCAGGUGUCCCUCCCCCACACCCAGCACUCCAUAGUGUGUUACCACGUCCUGUGCCACGCCGAGGUGGCCUCCAACAUGGCCCGUUUUGAUGGCGUGGAAUACGGUCACCGGAGCUCGAUGGACAGCUCGACAGAGGCCAUGUACGCCACCACACGACACGAGGGCUUCAACGAUGUCGUCAGAGGGAGGGUUCUGUCUGGGAACUACUUCCUGCUCAAGCAGAACUACCAGCACUAUUUUGUGAAGGCCCAGAAGGUCCGCAGGCUGAUCUGCGAUGACUUCCGACGCGUGUUCGCUUCAGGCGUUGAUGUGCUGCUGACUCCCACCACGCUGACAGACGCGGCUCGUUAUGGCGACUUCACACAGGAAGAUAACCGCACCCGCAGCGCACAGGAAGACGUCUUCACGCAGCCCGCCAACAUGUCAGGUUUGCCUGCAGUCUCGGUGCCGACGGCCUUGUCCAGCCGGGGGCUUCCCAUUGGUCUGCAGCUCAUGGGCAAAGCUCUGGACGACCACAGGCUGCUCGCCGUGGCUCAGUGGAUGGAGCGGCAGGUGGGGUUUCCCUCCAUCGGGGUUCAUGACGACUACAGACAGUGCAGUGACACCAGCAGCACCGUCCAGACUUCGGCCUAAGUGCAGCUCUGCCAAACGGACACUCUUUUUGUCCCAAACCUCUGCAGCUUUAGGGAGAAGAAGCUGAAAACAUCUGCAAGUGGCUUUCUGACAGGAAAGUUCCUUUAUAUCACAUCCAUUUGCAAGAACACAUACAAACAGCAAAAUGUACAAAUGUAUUUAUGAAUGCACUGUGACUGUAGUGCAAUAAAGCAGAGGUACAGAUACUUCAAG